AUGAGCCCACCUGAAAAACGGCGGGGAAAUCCCCAUGCCUUACGCUCUUCAGCUUCGUCACGAAACAGUAUAAUCUCUCCUCCUCCCCGUGCGCAGCUCACUCGUGCAGCUUCAACUUCGUCGUCUUCGCACGGCCCGGACAACGACAGCAUUCACGAAGCCACGACGUCGGGAAGCAAAGACAAUGGCACAUCGCUGUCUGCUAAGGAGAAGGAGAGCAUCCUCCUCAAGGAAAAAGAUGACAAGAUCGCAGAGUUGAAACGGGAACUUACUAUUAUGGAGGCGGAGUUCACCCGAGAGUUAGAGAAGCUCUGCCAAAGGGAAGGCGAGACGGCAAGCUUCUGGCAGGCAAAGCAUGCGAAUUUAAACCAGCAAUUCACACGAAUUGAAACAGAGCUUCAAUUACUACGAGCCGAGGUUGAUGUGAGAGAAGCUGAACGGGCUGAGUUACGCGAGGGAUGGGAAAUUCUACGAAGGGAGCUAAAAGAACGCGACGACGAAAUACGGUCUUUAAAGGGCCAUAUCGCCGGUCUCAAACAGUGGGUCAGCACCAGUACCGCCAGGGGUCACCAAACGAGCGAUGAGGAGUUCGGAGAUUCCAUGACAAAGCUGGGGAAUGGCUUGCAGAAUUGGGUUAUCGUACAUUUCAGGCGAGCGAAACUUGAUUUCACUCGUAUUGACGAGUCGAUCAUACAAGACCUUGGCGAACUCGCUCCCAUGUAUGAGGAGCUUGCAUCGUCGGCAAAGGUGCAUCUCUUGCAGAAUGUGAUUUCUAGCAUCCUGGUGGAGAGUAUCUUUAACGCCUACUUCGUUGGUGUUCCCAAAGAUCAAGCCGACCAAUUGGCUCAGGUUGAGAAAUAUCUUGCGUCACUUAGCUCAAUCGAAGAAGUGAACCAAUGGCGUGCAACAACACUCACCAUGCUCCGAAAGGAGGCCACUCGGAGGAUGCAGGAAGAAACGACACUAGCGAUCGAAUCCGUAAUCUCCAAGGUCAAUCAUAUUCUAGAUGCGAUCACAGAUGCCAACGCAACGGAUUCCCGGGAUCAUGCACUUCGUACUCUGGUACACGGCGCCGUCGAACUAGCACGCCUCCUGGUGGUUCAGAAAGCAACGUUCAAUAUCUAUAUGCCUAAAGUUCUCCCUCAUCAAAGAACCUUCUUCGAGGCAUCUACCAUGGAGGACAUUGGAGCUGAAGAUGAAGAGAGUCUGUCAGGACGCGAGAUAUGUUGUGUGACUUUCCCCGGCAUCAUAAAAAAAGGAGACGAGAACGGCGGCCACCCGCAGUUCACGAACGUAGUGGCAAAAGCUAGGGUACUUUGCACACCCGAAUGA